CCUAGAUCUUGUUAACCACAUUCAAUACAACAUUCAACACAAUUCACCUUCUUCUCCACUUUCAAAACUCUAAUCCAUCAUUUGAUAUUUGAUUGAGACAUCAAGUUUCUUAGAUUCCUCCUAAAAAUACAAAAACCGUCCAUUUACAAAAAAAUCCAGCCAAAAUUUAUUCUGGAAAAUCUAAAGAAACAUCAAGAAAUGAAAAAGUCUGGAUCCAGAUCUGGGAAGGAGGAUGUCGCCGCCAGGAACACAUUCGCCGGCCGCCGCCACCAGCCAUUCUGCGCACAGCUUCAGCUCGUGUUGACGCAGCUGGUUUAGCAUCGUUGUUGUCCCAGGGUAUUGUAACAGAGCAGAGGAGGUCCCUGCGAAUCGGUGGCCUAGAGCACCUGACAACCUUCUGGGCGCCGCUUGCUCUUCAUCUUGCUGAUUUUCGCUUGUUUUCACCAUUAAUGGCCGCCUUGGAGCUCCUGAGAGUGACGAGCGACUCUGGGCACAGGCCCUGCAGCUUCCGUCGCAGCACCUCUUGCCUUGGUCCUGGUCGCUCCACCGUCUUAACAAUCUGUUACAGUAGCUCGAUGGUCUUCGUCCGCCAUUAAUGGCUGUGAGAGAGCUCUCUGCUCACGACCCAGGUAGCAGCAAACCAGCAACAUCGAGGCCCUUUCCUCUCCGACUGCCAACAGCGACUCCAUCUUUAUCUGCUCCCAGCCGCGGGCUAUAUCCAGCUAGCGUGACCAGGUCUUCUCAGCAUUUGGGGCGGACAGAAUUCAUGGACAAAAGCUAGGGGUCAAAAUUGGUCAAUGAGUCAAAGUGUCAAGCCCAAUUUCUCACCAGCCCACACAACUCCAUUACUUCAAGCCUAGGAUUGAUUCUCAAAGCUAGUGGGCCACAGUUUCAACAUCAGUCCAUGACAAUUCAGCCCAAGAAGAGCUAAGUACUCAACAACCCGUUACUCUUAAUUUAUGCAUUAAACCUUAAAGGCUUAAAUAUUAUUAUUAUUAUUAUCUAAUGUUAAUGUUAUUAUUGCUACUAUUAUUAUAUUAUAUUAUUUCCACCACCAUUAUGACGGGUUAAAAUCCUCCGAGGUGGUGAGACCAUUAUGGCGGGUUAAAAUUCCCAGAGGUUUUUAAUAAUGCAAUAUUAUUGAUAAUACUAUAUUAUUAUUACCAUCACCAUUAUUAGCGGGUAAUGAUCCCCCAAGGUGGCACGAGCUGAGCCCCUUAAUCUACUGAACAUCUUUAUUUGAUAAUUCGGAUUCUAAGCAUGCCCCUCGAAUUACCCCUUGUCACCUUAAUGACCACUUUAGUACAGGAGCAAGGAUGUACCCUCCCGGAGCCUUUGUGGCACCGGGGUGAUGAUGAUGUUGAUGAUGACCUUUAUGACCACUUAAUCUGGAAUCGGAGGCCUGCCAAAUGAUCGAAGGCCCAAAAGGAGACACUUAUCGAAUCGUUGCCAUAAGGGAACGACAGGCCGCAAAAUGCCUGAGACUUGUAAAACUCCAAACACUUAAAGGUGAUUCCGAGGGGCUCUAGAGCGCUAAAAAUGCCCGACUCCAACUUCCAGGAGUAUUUUUUAAGCUUGGCCUAUUCUGAGUAAGUCAGUUUUGGUUAGUCUUUAGUUCUGGGUAUGGUAUGUUAUCAUGUUUAAGUCAGGUUUAACAUUUUCGCUUGAACUGGAUUCAAGUGAAAAUAUCCUAACAAACUUUUAACAUUAAUAGGAUUGAUGAAAUUGAAAGUAGUUUCUAUUAUGUGAUGUUUGAACUCUAAAAAAAAGAACUCUGAUGAUUGUUUUAUCACAUUAUUUAAUUUUUUUUUGUUUUAUUUAUAAUAUUCUAUUUAGGAAUUUAUAAUGUUUUAUUACGCAUCAUUGCACAAUAAGGCUUAUUUACUCUUCGGACUCCACACAUUCCAGUACUCCAUCACACCCUUUAUUAAGCAUUGUGUCAUUUUUUAUCUGAAUGGUCAAUUUAAAAUGGUUUCGUUGUGAAAUUAGCACACAAGUGCAGUAGAAUGAAUCAUAGACCGUGGGGAGUUCUUCCAUGUGGGACAACUGAAUUUACAGGUUGGGUGUGCUGGAUAUAAAUUCAAAUGAACCACCAGGCUACGGAAUCAUAGUUUGCAAUAGAUAAACUUUUUUAUGGAUCUCUAAUAUCUAAUUAGUGAGUACUUGCCGAGUACUUGCUGCUCAAGUAUACAUCUGGCCAAGUAGCUUACAUAUUCAUUGUUAUGGAAACUACUGAGUUAUGACCGAGUAAGCCAGUCGAACCAAAAUGUGACUUUAUUUUCUUCUUUUGAAAGAUUGAAAUUGAAGAUUAGAUUUUUUAAAUAAAUAGUGAUUGUAUUUUAUUUAAGGAAAAGGAACACUGGAUAGUGUAUAUUUUGAUAGUAUUAGACUUUUAAAAUUUAAGAUUUCACACAAUGACUUUAUGUGUCGGUGAGUCCUUUAUAUCUUCAAUUUUUUAUUUUCUUUAGGCUUCUUACUAGGAACCUUUGUUAAUAUAUUACUACGUUAGUACUUCGUAGAAUGUGGAACCAAAACAAGCUUCCUAACCCGUUAGUCUCAUGUUCACUAUUACAACCUAUUAUUUUGAUCCAACACGCAGUUCCACACACAUUUGAGCUGAAGGGAAUAUUUGUUCUCUUAGGUAUAAAUGAAACGUAUUUUUGUUCCAUUACAUUGUUCAUCUUUGUUUACAAGAUAAACACGGAUAUUGACAACCUAUUAUUUAGAUCCAAAAAACAGUUUCAAAUACAUUUGAGUCAAAAGGUUCUAUUUGUUCUCUUAGGUAUAAUUGAAGUGUAUUUUUGUUCCUUAACACUGCUCAUAAUAACCAAAUUGAUUUGGCAGGAAGAGAUUAUCUCUGUUUACAACAUAAACACGAACAUUGACAAACGCUUUGCAGGAGAUGACAAAGGUAUUAAUCAUUGACAUAUUAAGUUCACAUAAAGUCAUUUAUUAAUUACACACACAAAUUAUAAAGUCAUCACACCAAACACUUUUAAGUGCAUCGUGACCUCAUUUUCACAUGUCCAAAAGAAUUGAGCUUAAGUCAGAUUAUGUACUAUAUCAAAGGUUUCAAGAACGAAAUUGCAGAAGAUGGUUUUGGAAAAAUAUUUAAAGGUUGGAUGUUGGGAGAAGCCAGUGAAAUAAUUCAUAAAAUUACCAUUAAUGUUUCAGGAUAAAGUGGGAAGUACGUUAUUUAGGAAUUAAGAUGUCUCAUUUUGCUUUAAAAUAUUUAUUUUGAAUGAUAUUUUUUGUUGGAAUAAUUGCAUGCAAUUGUAAAACGAGUGCUUUCUCUUAGAAGGUUAUUGGUAAGAUUAUAAGAAAAGUCUUCUAAAAAAUAAUCACUUUAAUAAAACUGAACAAACAUAUUUCAAAUAAAUGAAAGAAAUUUAAAAUUCAAUGUGGGUAAAACAAUUGUUUUAAAAUUCCAAAGAUAUUUCUUAUCAUCUCAAGUAUACUUGCAUAUGCAAGGUAACUUGUAGCAUUUCAUAACUAUAACUUCGAGAGGUAAAAGUUGUAUUUGUCGGCUCUAUGUCAUCCUAAGAUAAUAAAAUAAAUAGAUAUGCCUCAAACGACAAUUUCUUUUUAGUAUAUGAGGAAAUGGAGCAUGGAACCAUCAACAGCAAAAUAAAAGCUAAAAUUCUGAAUAAAACGUUAUACUCCCUCCGUAACAUAAAGAUCUUCCCAUUUUGACUUUUCAAGGUCUUCUAAGUUGAACUUUGACUGCAAAUAUCUACAUAUCUAUAUUUAUAAAAUUCAUAAUAAAUUAACAUUCAAAUAAUACGUUUUACAAUGAGUUAUAUAAAAUAAAUUUUUAAUCAUAACAUAAUGUGAGUUUUGAAUAAUUAAUGGUCAAAGUUCAUAAAGUUUGACCCAAAAGAGUCAAACUGGGAAGAUUCUAGCGUUACGGAGGUAGUAUAUAACAUAUAGAUUGCGCCUCUUUUACUAAGAUGAUAAUUUUUUUACAAAAGAAUAUUAUGUGUUUAAGUUUGGAUUGGAAACAAACCAAAAAUAUCGCAUUAGGUGUAGCUCAAACAAUGCAACAAUUACAUGAGCACAAUCCUUGUAUGAUCUUUCGAGAUUUCAAAGCUUUAAAUAUAUUGCUUGAUCAAGUUAGCCCUGUAAAUGAAAUCAGAAAAUUAAUUAUAUGUUCUCUCGAAAACGAAUGUUUAUGGAUGCAUUUAUGCAGAAUUUCAAUAUAAAAUAUUUUACCCUUGAAACACUGACAACAUAAUAUGAGAACUAUAUGAAUUUCAAUCAUUAAUGAUGAAUUUUCCAUGUUUAGGAUUACCAUCUAAAGCAAAGUGACUUUGAAAUUGUGACAAAAGAGAAAUAAUAUUUUGGUGAAAAUCUCAGAUACACUGAUCCAGUAAUGUAUACAAAAGUAUGAGAUCAGAAUUUAUAUAAACUUCGUUUAGUUUUUUACGCAUGGGACUUAUUAAUACUUAGUGAAGUUCUCUCCAUUACCCUCAUUUAUUCUUAAGUGAGAAUUGGAAGUAUGAAUUUGAAAUUAGGGUGUAAUAUGUAAACAAGAGUCUAAUCAAGACUACAUAAAACAAGUUUAUGAUUGGAAAAAUAACUAAUUAGAAAGAAAUAUUGAAUUUGAAUAUGAAACUAUGAAAAGCAAAUGAAAUAUUGUUUACACUAUUGAAUUCCAAAAUGCCAAUAUUGAAUAUAAAAAUACUCGGGAUUGUAAUGUUCACUCAUAGAGUUGUGACUUCUUGUUAUUUUUGUUAAUGAAUUAAUUGCUACUAUUUUUGUUACUUAAUUCUUUGUAUCACAAUAUUUUGGUUCGAAAGUUUUUCUCUUAACAAGAAAAGGUAAUAAAGAAAGAGAUGUGUAUAACAUGAGAAUUCAAUUGUUACAGCUCAUCAUCAAAAAGUUGAUCAUCAAAAAGUUGAAUGACCCUGUUCAAAUUGAAAAAAUGGUGAAAUCAAGAUUUCAAGGAAAAAACAAAAGUGUUCAUCACACAAGCUUAAAGGAAAUGAAGCCUUCUAUGGAAGAAGACAAAAUCAUUACCACACAAAUGCUUAGGUUAGUUGACAAAGAUAUUGAAAAAAGACUGGAUAUUUAAGAAAUUAUAGGUGAACUAGAGAAAUUAAAAGCAAUUAAUAACUAAGGUCAUGAUAUUCUAUCAUUUCUUGAAUCACAUGUCAUGUUGAUACGGUUCAACCUCACAUGUUUUCAUCAGUGUAAAUAAAUAAAGUAGAGAAAAGGAUAGUAGAUCAUGACCUUAGUUAUCAAUCGCUUUUAAUUUCUUUAAUUCGCCUACAACUUCUUAUAUAGUCGGUCUUUUUCAAUGCCUUUAUCAAUUAACCUAAGUACUGGUGAAGUAAUGAUUUCUUUUAUAGAGCAUAUCAUUCCUUUUAAACUUGUGUGAAGGAAACUCUCGUUUUCUUCUUUGAAAUCUUGAUUGCACCGCUUUUUUUUAUUUGAAUAAGGCCAUUCAACUUCUUUAAUGAGCUGUAGUAAUAGAAUUGCCAUGCUAUACACAUCCUUUUCUUUAUUAUCUUAUCGUGUUAACGAAAUUUUGUUAAACCAAAAUAUCAAGUAGCUAAUAAUUUAUUGAUAAAAAUAACAAGUAGUCACAACAUGAUGAGUGAACGUUAAAUAUCUCGGUACCUUUAUAUACAAUUUUGUCAUUUUGGAAUAGAGUAGUGAUCUCAAUUUUAUCCGAAUCAAUAUUUUAUUUGCAUUCCGUACUUCCAAAUUUGAAAUUCUAUGUUUCUUUCUGGUUAGUUAUUUUUCAAUUGUAAGUUUGUCUGAUGCAAUCUUGGUUAGACUCUUGUUUACAUAUUGUGCCAUAAUUUCAAAACUCAACUUCAUGAAUUGGAUUCUUAUUUAAGAAUAAACGAGGGUGGUGAAGAAUUUCACUAAACUACUAAUUAAUCCCAAUGUGUAGAAAAAGUGAAGAAAAACGUAUAUAAAGUGCGAUCUCAUACGUUUUGUUUACAUUACUGGAUCGGUAUAUCUGAGAGUUCCACCUGACAGAUAUGUAUUCUCUAUUAUCACAAUUCCGAAGUCACUUAGCUUUGGACUGUAAUAUCUUAGAUAUGGAAAAUCCAUCAUUAGUAUUGAAAGUUCUUAUAGUUCUCAUAUUAUCUAUAUUUUGUUGCCGCUGUUUCUAGGGUAAAGUAUUUUACAUUGAAAUAUUAUACAUAUGCACCUAUAUACAUUCUUUUUCAAGAGAACAUAUAAUUAAUGACUUUUUUGGUUAUUUUUUACCGGGCUAACCUGGUCAAGCAGUAUAUUUGAAGCUUUGAAAUCACGAAAGAUCAAACAAGGGUUGUGCUCAUGUAGUUGUUGCAUUGCUUGAGCUGCACCUAAUGCAAUGUUUUUGGUUUGUUUCCAAUCCAAACCUGAACGCAUAAUUUUCGUGUAGAGAAAUUAUAUCUCACCAAGAAAGGUGCAAAUCUAUUUGUGAUAUAUAAUGUUUUAUUCAAAAUUUUACUUUUUGUUAUUUUGUUGCUGAUGGCUCCAUGUACUCAUAUACUAAGUAGAAACUGUCGUUUGAGGCAUAUCUUUUUGUUUUAUUAUUUUGAAAUGACUUAGAGUGCACAAAUACAUUUUUUCUGUCUGUAAAGGUUUUAGUUAUGAAAUGUAAUAUCACAAGUACACAAGGCUACAAGUUACCUUCAAUAUGCAAGUAUACUCACAUUGAGUUCUAAAUUUGUUUCUUUUAUUUGAAAUAUGUUAACGCUGUUUUAUUAAAGUGAUUAUUUUGAGACCACUUUUUCUACAAUCUUACUAAUUAACUUUUUAAGGGAAAGUGCUCGUCUAACUAACAAAAUAUAUCAUCCAAAAUAAGUAGUUAAAGAAAAAUAAGCUUUUCCCAAAUCUCGUUGAUAAUCCUUUUGACACUUUAUCUGCAAUUUUAUGAAUUACUUCACCAGCUUCUCCCAAUACCCAACUUUUGAAUACUUUUCCAAAACCAACUUUUGUAAUUUCGUGUUUGAAACCUUUGGUGUAAUACGUAAUAUGAUUUGAGCUGAAUUCUUUUGGAUCUGUGAAAUUGAGGUCACGAUGCAUUUAAAGUGUUUGGUGUGAUUGACUUUGUAAUUUGUAUGUGUGUGAUAAAUAAAAGACUUUUUGUGAACUUAAUUUGUUUAAGAUUAAUAUCUUUGUCAUCUCUUGCAAAGAGUUUGUCAAUAUUCGUGUUUAUCUUGUAAGCAUAGAUAAUUUCUUCUUGCAAAAACAAUUUAGUUAUUAUGAACAAUGUUAAAGAAUAAAAAUACGCUUCAAUUAUACCUUGGAGAACAAAUAUAUCCUUUCUGCUCAAAUGUAUGUGAAACUGUGUUUUGGAUCUAAAUAAGAGGUUGUCAUAGUGAACAUAAGGCUAACAGGUCAGGAAGCUUGUUUUGGUUCCAUUGUAAGAACCCUUUUUUGCAGUAUUGUCUCCUAAUUUGAAAAAACGCCAUACUCCUGUUUGCAAGAAACCGGGUGAUUCCCCAUUUUCUCUAUUUUUCGUGGAGUUAGAGGAUUGCUGGCUAGAGAGUGUUGGAUGAUUGAUAAGCCAAAUGCCUAACAGACUGGUUUCCGGCUUUGUGUAGCCAGAUGCAUAUUGGGAACACAGAUUCCAAUUGUUUAGUUAAACCAAAAUCUAGCAAUGCUUUCAUGAGGCACAUUGAAAGUAAGAAAAUUAGUUUUUCAGAGACAUUAAGGUCAUCUUGAUUAAUCUUCCCUACACUUCACAUGGGUAAGACCAUUUAGCACACAUAGAAGAUUAUAUAAGAAAUUAUAGAGGCAUUUACUAAGCAUUUAUUGUUCGAAGGUUUAUGAGAAUGUUUUGGAGAGGGUUGGGUUUAUGAUGGUGGCUGUCGUAUGGGGGAAUGGCAGGCCGCAAGUGAGGAAACAUCAAGAUUAACGUUGCGUAAGCAUAAUGGUAUUUUUGGUCUUAAUGUUGAUUCAAUGCAUUUUGAGAAAAGAAAUAGAUUAGGACUAUAUGUGGUUUUGGGAUAUGAAUGAGGGAUAGGUUUUUCGUUACAUACAUAUUGUAGAGCGUGUUUUAUCAUACCUCGACAUUCAUUAGAUAUUCAUUAGAUAAGUCGUUGUGUCAUCAUUUGACACAACGACUUCCAAAAGUCGUGUUCUAGACCAGAAACUGAGUGAAUGGAUGAAGCUUUUGAAGACGAUGUGAAAGACACCGCGAGUAUAGCGUUGCGAACAUCUUCACUGGAAAUUGUGUUAUCCCCAAUGUAACAUGAACGAUAAAUAGUUGACAUAUUCACUUAUGCUUAUGUUACAAUGAUGUUACAGUACGUAUAAACAAGGUCUCCUACAAAAUAAAAUUUUGGCCCGACUGAAACCUGUUAUGAUAAACUGCUUUAUUAUGAUAACAUAAAAUACUGUCUAAAUGGCACCAAUUUUAACAAUGAACAGGUUUUUUUUGCAGAUAGUGACAAGCCAUGGUGGGUGCAACAGAAUCUGCAAUGGAAGUGUGCAAACAAAUUUUCCAUUGCCAAGUUAGUACUCAUCCAGGACAUUGUCAAAACAAGUCUCAUUGGAAUAACUCAGUCCAGCGAAUUGUUCAGAGGAUAGAUCAUGUAAUUUGCAAAAAAGACUGAAAUUUUGACACAGCAUAGAUAUUGAAGGGGUCUGGUAGUUCCUACCGGUAACUUGGUCGUAGAUGUCCUGUUAUGGUAUAUAAAUUAAUAUAUUUAUAAAUGUAUAUAUUGCUACUGGGUAGAGCUCAACAAUUUGGUACGACUGUACGAGCAUUAGAUGAGUUGCUAAACACUUCACGGGUUCUUCGUAAACAAUGCUGAUGGGUGAGGAAUACACACCACUACACCAGGAGGAGGUGACACGCAGAAAGCUCCGUAAUAAACUGUGAAGGGAUGGAUUGGGUCUGGGCGGACUAUAUUAAUCCUAUUUGGAAACAUG